AUGCCUUGCGAAUUGCGCUGGGACCUGCUGCCAUUGUGUUUUUUGUGUAUUGCCUCGGACAAAUUUCCGCAGCGCGCAGGCGAGUUGACGCGCAGACUGGUGACGUGGGAGCGUUGGCUAGUGCGGUAGGCCAGCAUUCCCCACCACCAACACCCAAGUCCCCGUCCUGUGUUGACAUGCGACGUCGGCACUCCCUACUUUACUACUAAUACUACUACACGCUCGUCUCCCAGUCGCCUUUCCUGGCGCCUCAUCAAGAGCCAUAUCCUAAUACAUUUGCAUAGCACUUCAUCCACGACCACCAACGACCCCGCGUGCCCAUAGCCACACAAACCGCCCAACUCGAGCCCAAUCUGCCCACCAUGGCAUCGGUCACGUCGUUGGACCAGGACAUGCGCAAGCUACGCAUGGACAGAUAUACACCAAAAGCUGCCAACGAAGUGCGGAGCUGGAUAGAAGACGUCCUGGGCGAGCGGCUGCCCGCGGGCGACUUGCUCGAUGCGCUGAAGGAUGGCACCGUCUUGUGCAGACUCGUCAAUCACGCUGUGCCCAACCCCGGCGUCAAGUUCAAGAAGUCGUCCAUGCCCUUCAUACAGAUGGAGAACAUCUCGCACUUCCUCAGAGCCUGCGAGAUGCCACCGUUGAAUAUGCCCGCCCACGACCGCUUCCUCACCGUCGACCUCUACGAAUCGAAAGACCCUACCCAAGUCCUACAGUGUCUCGGCGCCUUCAGUCGAGUCGCCAACUCGGUAAACCCCUCCAAUUUCCCGACCUCGUUGGGCCCCAAGCGCGGCGGGGGCGGUACAUUGAGCCCUUCGACCACCGGUGGCGGCUACACAAACACAGGCAUGGCAUCCCCUGGUUUCGGGCGCAGCAGGGGACCCAGCACCACUAGCGGCUCCAGCACCUUCAAUCCACUUGCUCGACCACCCGCGACCGAACGGCCUCUCAGCCCUGCCCGCACAGGAAGCUCCACUACAUCCUACACAUCCAAUGGUAUUCCCACGUCGCCCCCGGGCGGUGUGAGUACAUGGAGUAAGAAGGCUGACGUGGGCAACACAGCGCCAGCAUGGAAUAUCCACCAAUAUGGCUACAUGGGUGGCGCAAGCCAAGGCAACCAAGGCAUCGCAUUCGGAGCCCGGCGGCAGAUCACGACCGCCGGGCCACAUGUACCGAACCUAGCGGAGAAGGAGCGAAAGCGCAAGGAGAAAGAAGCAGAAGAGGAGCGACUGCGUCUGCAGGCUGAGGAGGCUGAGCACAAGCGUCGCGUGGAGCGCGAGGCAGAAGAGGAGCGUGUACGGAUAGAGGAGGAGCAGAAAUGGGAGGAAGAGUCGCGAAAGCAGCAAGAAGCAAAACAGCAGCGACUCGACCAGCAAAAGCGCGAGUGGGAAGAGCAAGAGAGGCAGUGGAAACUGGAGGAGGAGCAGAGACAGCGAGAAGAACGAGAGGCACUAGAGAGGGUCGAGGCUGAGACGAGACGAAAGCGAGCUGGAAGUGACGCGCGACUCAAGGGCCAGUUCCUCAGCCAGUACCAGGCCGAACAAGCCAGCAAACCACGCAGUCGACGAAAUAGCCAGAGUGAGGAGCACAAUGCCGAGCGCGAUCGCAUCAGAGAGCUGGAGCGACAGCUUGAGGAGGCAAAGGAACGCGAGCGCCUAUAUCAACAGGAACGAGAAGGCCGCCUAGAGAGCUCCAAGGCACGCGCGCGUUCGAAGAGCCGUACCCGAGACCGAUCAAGGAGCCGCCCGCGACCGCAGCCUCCGCCACGCGCGCCUUCACCUCAGGAUAGCACUGUCUCCUGGGCACAAGCUGACGAUCGCGACUAUCUCCGCAAGCAGUGGGAGCAGACACAAACGCAAUCGCCACGACCUCUCCCAGAGCCUGCGCCACCUUCUCUUCCAACACGUCCACUACCUGAGCCAGCAGCGCCAUCUCUGCCCACGCGCCCACUACCGGAACCAUCAACGAGACCCCUUCCUGAUCCUGCAGCAUAUGCAAACAAGAGCCGAACAGAUCGCUAUCUUGCGUCCAAUCCAGCACCAGCACCUCUCAAGCCUCAAACUCACAUCCCAGCAGAGCUCACGUCAACCUCGGAGCAGCGUGGUGAGGACGCUAGACGAGCUGCUUCGCAGCAAAAAACCAAGGCGGCCGGCUGGGCAUCCAAGUCACUGCUAGAGCGCGAGAUGGAACGUGAGCGGGAGCGACAGAAGGAGUGGGAGGAGUCUCAGCGUGCGCUCCAAGAGGCCGCGAAGGACCCCAGCGCAGGUACAGGUCAAGGUCAGAGCUGGGACGUCAACCAGUAUGGCUACAUGGGCGGCGACAACCAGAACAAGCUGGGGGGUAUUGGUGGUGGAAAAAGGCAAAUCAUUGGGCCGAGGCCGUUUGGCCCUCGAUAGAGGCUGCAGAGGCAUUGUAUUCUGCCUGUUAUUAAUCUUCAUAGUAGUUGUUGCAUAGUGGGUGAAGAAUUGAGUUCGUUGUGAGUAGAUGAAGAAACUGUCGCAUGGUCUAUAACAGCGAUAAAGUACUGAGGUCAACUAAAUUGGAUAGCUUUAUCCCGUAUCGCUUGAC